GGAGAAGUCGGUCCAGGUGGAGAACGCGCAAGAACCUGACAUCGUAACCCGUCUCCGUUCGUUUCACAGCUCAGCACAUCAUUUUUAUUUUAUCUUUAUUUAAAAACUAAAUUACACACCAAACCAAAAACACGCACGACGCUUUCCACUUUAGCAGCAUUUAAUUCAACAUCUAACGUGCUUGUCAAUUUAUUACCCAAACCAAAAUUUGUCACGCAAUGGUGGGAGUGAUCGGCGCCGCAAAAGCGACGGCGAAUGUGCUGGAAGAUCUGAUAGAGAGCGCCGGCGGCUGCGCCGUCGUGGACGGGGGUUUCGCCACCCAGCUCGAGAAACACGGCGCCUCCAUUAAUGAUCCUCUGUGGAGCGCACUUUGUCUUAUCAAAGACCCUCAUUUAAUUAACAGGGUUCAUUUGGAGUAUUUGGAAGCAGGUGCUGAUGUUAUAGUAACGUCGUCGUAUCAGGCGACUAUACCAGGAUUUGUAUCCAGGGGAUUGUCCACAGAGGAAGCAGAGUCAUUGCUUACUAAAAGUGUGAAAAUUGCCACCGAGGCCCGAGACAAGUUUUGGGCCUCGGCAAAGCGGAGAUCUGUAGGUAAGUACAACCGGGCUCUGGUUGCAGCCUCUAUUGGGAGCUAUGGUGCCUAUCUUGCAGAUGGUUCUGAGUACAGUGGGAACUAUGGUCCAAAAGUAACUUUGGAGAAAUUAAAGGAUUUUCAUAGGAGGAGGCUUCAAGUUCUUGUGAAAGCAGGCCCAGAUUUGCUUGCUUUUGAGACCAUUCCUAACAAACUAGAAGCUCAGGCUUGUGUUGAGUUGCUCGACGAAGAAAAUGUCGAGAUACCAUCUUGGAUUUGCUUUAGCUCUGUGGACGGUGAAAAUGCUCCUUCAGGUGAAAGCUUUGAGGAAUGCCUCGAAAUAAUCAACAAGAGCAGUAUUGUACGCGCGGUUGGAAUAAAUUGUGCUCCGCCCCAUUUUAUUCUGAACCUAAUCCACAGAUUCAAAGAGUUGACUAGUAAAGCAAUUGUUGUAUACCCCAAUAGUGGCGAGAUAUGGGAUGGAGUCGCUAAAAGAUGGCUGCCAUCAAAAUGUUUUGAUGACGAUAAAUUCGAGAUAUUUGCCGGAAAAUGGAGGGAUGCCGGAGCCCAAAUCAUUGGUGGUUGCUGCCGGACAACGCCAUCUACUAUUCAGGGGAUUUCUGAAGUUCUGAAGGAAGGAAAGUGGUUGCACCUCACUAUCUAUCUGCUCUGGGAAAUUUGGAAGGCUAGAAAUUGCUGGACUUUCCAACAGCUCUUGUGCUGUUGUGUUAAUACUCUUGUUGAGCUGUUGAUUGAAGUAGGAUAUGGUGUUGAUUACUAUUGUGGUGUUUUGAGCUUUGAUGAUGCUUUGAGGGUUGCUUGGGUGUUUCUUGUUCUGUAUCUUGCUGUUUGUGGGCUGGUUCUUUUGAGCUUCAUAGAAGAUCCUUUCAAGUUGGAUGCUGGUUUCUUCAAGAUUCUGCCUGUGAUCCCAUUAGUGAUGCUUUAUUUUGUUUUGUAUAGUUGGUGUCAACUAGGCCAUGUAGGGCAGUGGUUGUCACUUUGUUUUCAUUUAGACUGUCGCUGUCGACAGCAGGGUAUGGUGUCUCAACUCUCCGGGCUCAUUGCGUCGUCUUUGCCAGGAGUUGUUCUCUAUACUCUUUUUCUUAGUAGGAUGUAG